CUCUCCUCAUUCAGUCCUCUGCCUCUCCCUUCCCUCAUCCCUGCUGCCCUGCGCCGACUCCCAGUCUCCUCUCUCUAGUCUCUUCUUCUUCUUCUUCUUCUUCCAUUCUUCUUCUUGAAUCUUCACUCUUCAGACUUCGGUUUCUUCCUCACAGUCACUGCCGUGCCUCACUGCCCUGGUGCAUCUCGGUGGGUCUUCCACGCACAGCCCUCGCCGACGCCGUGAACCUCCACUCACGCAGCCCCUCUCACGGACCCACGAUCUGCGACUUGAUGGAUCCUCAACCUGAACCGGUUAGCUACAUAUGCGGAGACUGUGGGAUGGAGAACACUCUGAAGCCAGGUGAUGUGAUACAGUGCCGAGAGUGUGGUUACCGCAUCUUGUACAAGAAGCGCACCCGCCGUAUUGUUCAAUACGAGGCUCGCUGAAUUGGGGAGAGGCGAGGCCAUGCCAUUGCAUAUAAUAUGUAGUUACUGUCUUCCUGCAACUUGCUAAUCUGGUGGAUGGUUUACUUUUCAAGAAACAGAUUGAUUUAUGCUUUAGCACUAUGCGAUCAAUAAAAAUACCUGUGCUGUCUAUGCAAGUGAUCACAUUAAAGUAGAACACUGCAAGUCAAUCGGUUGCUCUGCAUGUUUGAUUUCUUAUAUUACUGGCCUCCUAGAGACGGCAUAAGCAUAUUGUUGUUUUAGAUGUCUUUUGUUUAGUUCAUCAUCUUUGAAUGGUUAAAAUAGUUGAGGGUCUCACAAUCUCUGUUA